CAUAGCUCUCAUGUAGUGCAUUCUGGCCACAGGCCAACCCUCAUAGAUCAUAGAAUCCCAACAAUUUGGAAACCGGCCCUUUGGCCCCAGGAGUCCAUGCCGAACCUCUCAGCAUCCCACCCAAACCCAUCCUCCUGUAGCUCACUUAAUGCACACAUCCCUGAACACUGUGGGCAAUUUAGCAUGGCCAGUUCACCUAACCUGCACGUCUUCGGACUGUGGGAGGAAACCCACGCAGACACAGGGAGAACGUGCAAACUCCACACAGACAGUCACCUGAGGGUGGAAUUGAACCAGGUCCCUGGCGCUGUGAGGCAGCAGUGCUAACCACAGAACCAUCAUGUUGCCCACGUUUGACUUCCAGCCAACUUUUGCCCUGCACCCCAGCCACCAUACAUUUCUACCCAACUCUAUCAAGAUGUUUCUGUCUCUUAACUGGAUGCUGAAUUUUGAGUAAGUGGACUUGGCAAGCAACACCCCACUCUGUCCUGUUUCCACUGGACAAUUGGAUCUGGAUUGACACUCUCUAAUAAUGGAAUUUUGAGGGUCAUCUCCCAACUUGAAGUUGAAGAGUCUGAAUUCUCGCUCAUAACUCCUGCCUCGGGGGAUUUGAACUCGACUGCUUUUUGGCAGUGUAAUCUGGUGACCUGCUUUUUUUGGAAUGUUUACCCUCACAGAAGUUGCAUCUCUUAAUGACAUACAGGCAACCUAUCGAAUCCUGAAACCAUGGUGGGAUGUAUUCAUGGAUUAUUUAGCCAUUGUAAUGCUCAUGGUUGCUAUCUUCGCCGGCACAAUGCAGUUGACCAAAGAUCAAGUCGUGUGUCUUCCUGAGCCCCUUUCCGAGGAGAGGUCAGAAACCCAACGCAGCACCGCCGAGAACCCUACAAAAGUUCCCAAGACAUCAGUCAUGCCAGACUUAGAAAGCACCAUGUCUUCAAGAGGGAGCCGGAAACACGCCACUGGGGAAACCUUUGAAGGCUUGCCUCCAUUAACAACUGACCAACCUGAUGAUGGCGAUCAUUCUGGAAGCAAAGGCCCUUUCAAUUUUGGGCGCCCGACAAACUUGGAGUAUCAGCAAUAUAUUUUCAUCAAUCAGAUGUGCUACCAUGUGGCCUUGCCCUGGUAUUCCAAGUACUUUCCCUACCUUGCAUUAAUCCAUACACUCAUCCUGAUGGUCAGCAGCAAUUUUUGGUUCAAGUACCCCAAGACUAGUUCAAAGAUCGAGCACUUUGUUUCCAUACUGGGGAAGUGUUUUGAGUCACCCUGGACCACAAAAGCACUCUCUGAAACUGCAUGCGAGGAUUCGGAGGAGAACAAGCAACGCUUUAAGACCUCUGUGGCAAAGCAUUUAUCGACUGGUAGUGAGGAAGAAAGCCCCAGCUCCAGCACUCCCAUGAUAUCCAGGACCGGACCUAAAUUUUCUGCUGAGAAACCAGUUAUUGAAGUUCCCAGCAUGACUAUUUUAGACAAGAAAGAUGGGGAGCAGGCCAAAGCCCUUUUUGAAAAGGUUCGUAAGUUUCGUGCUCAUGUAGAAGACAGUGAUUUGAUAUAUAAACUCUAUGUUGUCCAGACAGUCAUAAAGACGGUAAAGUUAAUGUUCAUUUUAUGUUAUACACUUACUUUUGUGACUUCUAUAAACUUUGAUCAUGUCUGCAAACCAGCGAUAGAACAUUUGACUGGAUAUGCUCAGUUUUACUGUACUCACAACAUGGCUUUCAUGCUGCGAAAAUUAUUAAUUAGUUAUAUUGCACUCAUAUGUGUUUAUGGAUUGGUUUGUAUAUAUACUUUGUUUUGGCUGUUUAGGCGGCCCUUGAAGGAAUAUUCAUUUGAAAAGGUCCGUGAAGAAAGUAGUUUUAGUGACAUUCCAGAUGUUAAAAAUGACUUUGCAUUUCUGCUACAUAUGGUCGACCAGUAUGACCAACUUUAUUCAAAGCGCUUUGGAGUCUUCCUGUCAGAGGUGAGUGAAAACAAGCUGCGAGAGCUCAGUUUGAACCACGAGUGGACAUACGAAAAACUCAAACAGCAUGUCUCUAGGAAUCCUCAGGACAAGCAAGAGCUGCACCUCUUUAUGCUUUCUGGGGUGCCUGAUGCAGUGUUUGACAUGACUGAACUGGAGAUACUGAAACUCGAGUUGAUUCCAGAGGCAAAGAUUCCUGCCAAAAUUUCCCAAAUGACCAAUCUUCAGGAGCUGCACCUUUACCACUGCCCUGCUAAAGUGGAGCAAACCGCCUUCAGUUUCCUCCGGGACCACCUUAGGUACCUGCACAUCAAGUUCACUGAUGUCGCAGAAAUUCCCACCUGGGUCUAUCUGCUUAAAAACCUGCGUGAAUUGUACCUAGUUGGUAAUCUAAACUCGGAAAAUAAUAAAAUGAUAGCUCUAGAGUCGCUGCGAGAAUUGAAGCACCUGAAGAUCUUGCAUCUGAAGAGCAAUCUGUCCAAAAUUCCUUCGAACAUCACUGACGUUGCACCUCAUCUCACUGCUCUGCUGGUUCACAAUGAUGGAACAAAACUCUUGGUCCUGAACAGCUUGAAGAAAAUGAUUAAUCUCACUGAGCUGGAACUGCAGAACUGUGAGCUGGAACGAAUCCCACAUGCCAUUUUCAGCUUGACCAACUUGCAGGAACUGGACUUGAAGUCCAACAAUAUUCGCACAAUAGAAGAGGUGAUAAGUUUUCAACAUCUGAAGCGCUUGACAUGCCUAAAGCUGUGGCACAACAAAAUCAUCACCAUUCCUUCAUCCAUCAGUCUGGUGAAGAACCUUGAGUUGCUUUACCUUUCUCAGAAUAAACUGGAAUCUCUCCCAGCAGCACUCUUCACUUUGCAGAAGCUAAGGUAUCUCGAUGUAAGUCAUAAUUCCAUUGCUGUCAUUCCAGUGGAGAUGAUGUCCCUCCAGAAUUUACAGUAUUUUGCAGUGACAGGAAACAGAGUGGAAAUUUUGCCAAAGCAGGUAUUUAAGUGCACAAAGUUGCGGGUUUUGAACGUGGGCCAAAACUGCAUCACUUCCAUUUCAGAAAAGAUUGGCCAGCUUGUGCAGCUGACACAGCUGGAGCUGAGAGGGAACUGCCUGGAUAGACUUCCAGCAGAAUUAGUCCACUGCCGCCUUCUGAAGAAAAGUGGGCUUGUUGUUGAGGAUCACCUCUUUGAUACCCUGCCCCCUGAGACUAAAGACCUCUUUAAUCAAGACUUUAACUCAAACUCGACAUUUGGCACAGGAAUAUAAAUUAUUGUAGCAGCUUCAGGACUGAAUAUUUGUUUGCUUGUUAACUGGAAAAAUAUGUAUAAAAUAGAUCAAGGUACUUAAACAUGGCAAAUGUUUAAAAACUAGUUAAGUGAUGCUAGUUUUUUUUGCCCUGAUAAAGCGCUCAAAUCAUUGUAAUAAAUUGUAACCAAUUAACUAACUGUUGGUCACUGGCUGUCUUACACAAGUUUGUUAAUGACUGAAUAUUUGUUCGUUUAUCUUUGUUUUGUAAAUGAAUUUGAUUUUAAUUUAUUCUUUGACAUUUUAAAAAGAAAAGUUUUUUGAUUUUUUUUAUAACCUGUCCAGGAGUGUUGUCUAGCUCCAAGUGCAUGGCCUCUUUCAACUUUGCUGAUCUGGCCUUCACAAGAUUUGUGAGUGGAGCACCAGUCCAUCUUAAAAUUUUCAUUUCAUUUCCCUCCUUGAGGGAUCCUGCAACUUAGCUCCUUUUUAGUUGCUGUUUUACAAUCAAGUUUCAAGUUGAAAAGAAAAUCUGUAUUUUGUUUUUCUGUAUCACAUCAUCUGUCUUUGUGCAUGUUUCUGUAGGAAGAGGGUGGAGUUGCAGGUUCAAUUGUGGGGUCUAGCGCGCACACCUUGCCAAUAUCUAGCUCCUAGCACCAAUUUCAGCUGUUUCUAAAUAAAGGAAAACAAACUUACGUCAAAGUAAUUUUUUUGUUUGUUCUAAUGAAGGAAGUGCUAAGGAGUGUAAUUUGAGUAAAGCUCUGAGUAGUACUACUCACCUUUUUUAAUAUGUCAAUAUACCCAUCCUCAAAGGGUGUCUUCAGCCUAGCAAACUGACCAGUCACAUUGGACCUCAACACCUAAAAGUCCCUUCUUGAUAAACUUUAAUCAAGGUAUGUGUUCAAUGUUUCAGUUUGAUUUUAUAACAGUGGUGCUUUGUAUUGGUGUUGAUACCAAUCCUUCGGCAGAAGUCAAAAUAAGAGGGGGGAAUAAACAAACAUGAAUACUGGUAGCUUUUCACCUACUUGGCCAUCUCAAAAACUAUCUAUUGAUGCACUAGAUUUUUUGGAAGUGAAUGUGGUUGCUCUGGGAUGCACCUUAGCUGUCCUCCUCCAAUAUAUGGUGUGCUUGGUUCUAAGGGAGUCCUGAAAUUAUACCAAAUACUUCACUUAAAUUAAAGAUCCCAACUAGAAGGGAUUGAAACGAAAUUUUCAAUACUUAUGUAAAACACAUGCUGUGGCCUUUUCUAGUUUCCAAGUGUUGGGAAAUGCCAGCAAACUCUCAAUGGCCUGUUGUGAGCUGGCUGAAGGGCACAAGAGUGCAGAAAUCUGAUAAAAGGAGCUUUUUGUUGAGAAAAAUAUAAUUUUGUUAAUUGGCAUGAGAUACAGAGAUCUAUGAAUGAAGGGGACUUCCAAUUUUGUUAUCAUAUCUCCAUAAAAACCAGAAUAGAACUCGCUACAAUUACAGUUCUGUGACCCAAGAACCUAGCUGGAAUCCACACCCUGUUAUGUCUGCAAUUGUUUAGACCUUGUGUUCUUCUGUGUCUCUGCACCCUUGCAACUGAAUAAUCCAUUGUGAUGAAACUGUAGACAAAGUACAUUAAUAUAUGGAAAAGACGUUGAGAUGAGAAUUUUAAUGAUGUCUGGAAUUGAGUCUGAAAAGAAGACCAUUACUCUGUCCUAUGAUGGGACUACAAAAACAUCAAAAAUCAUUGAUCAGUGCUUUCAACUGUUCAAAACUGCAUCUUGGAAAGAAAUUACAAAUAUAUGGUGCCUUUCAUAUUGUCAGGACUUCAUAAACAAUUACUUGUAGCGUAAUCAGUAGCACAAUAUAGAUAUUUAUAUAGUGCACAGUUGUUCCUUUUUUUCAGGAAAAAAGUGAUGAAAAUGGUCCAGUAAAUUUACAAGAUCUAAACUUAAAAUGUAAUCUACAACUUGUCCAUCAGCAUCCCAGAAAUAGGCUGUGUCAGAAGCGAAUGUCUUUCUCUGCAUCAGAUGUUUAUUUCACUGACCAGAUGUUUAUUUCCAGAAUCUAGACGUCUUUGAAUAUAAAUAUUACCUUCAGUGAUACCCAUAGAUAAUCUUGUAAACCACGUUCAUAGUCAUGCUCGUACUGCCAUUAAGCUGUGAACUGAGCAAUGUCAUACAAACAAGUUUAUGGUUUGUCCUGCUAUUACCAAUAUAACAAGCUGGACCUUACAACCUCCAGUCAAGAUGUCAAAAGUCUGCAGUUAAGAUUUGCAUUUUGAAAGUGAUGAAAUCAAGUUUUUAAAAAAAUUGUGCUAGGUUGUAGAUAUUGGAGGAGUGUUGAUUAAUUGGUGUUUUCUUUUAGUUGGUAUACUGUGCCUGCCUCUUUGUGCUUGAGUAAACUGAUCCGAUUUUACAAUGUGUAAUCAGAAGUGGGGGGGUAAAAAAAGGACAGCAGAUCUUUCAUGGUAAAUGCAUUUACCAGGAACCUAGAUGUAUAUGUGAGAGAGAAAUGGAUUGAUGGGUAUGCUGGUAGAGUUAAAGCAACGUAGGGUAUGAGAAGGUUCAUGGAGCACAAGAACUGGCAUAAUCAAUUUGCGUCAACUGUGCUGUACAUCAUGUAACUAUAGGUAAGAAUUCAGGGAAUCUUGUUAGUAUGUCCAGUCCUAUUGCUGAUCAAAUGCUACACGCUCUCCUGCUGAGUUGUUUCCAGAGUAGAUCUGUGGUGCAAUAAUCAGCAUUUAUCUACUUCAGGACAUAGUUUCUUAUGCUCCAUUUGGACACACAAACCUGUUUGAUUCGGCACAAAAUUGGCUUUGUACACCUGUUGAAAAUUCAUCUUCCAGAUAGCUGAGAGGUUUUAGUUCACAAGUUUGAAGAGUAAAUGUGCUGAAAGAUUCUGUGUAAAGUGCCAUACUCUAUGCCACAUGGUUUAUUUGAACGUGUGUUUACUUUGUAGAUGCAAUGCCAUGACAAGUGCAAGAAUAUAUUUGUUUUUAGUUGGUUAUUUGGCAACAUUCCAAGUCCAGAAAAAAAACAUGCAAAUAACCCAAAUUCUGGUCCAGAAUUUGACAGUCAGUGCUCUGUUCAAAUUGGGAAAUGACCUAUUUUUGUUUAAAUCAGGAACACCAAUUGGACACUAUGGACAGAGGCAUUUUUACAGACUGAACAAUUACAAGUUUAAUUGUAAUGCAAAUACAAGAUCUCUCUUUUUUUGAUUUUUUUUCUAAAUGACCUGAAUGAAUGUGGACCCACAUCUUUGUUGUAUGGUUUGACUGAACUGCAUUAUAAAGUUUAUUCUUUGUUUUUGCUGCUAAUACAUAUUCUUGGAUGUUUUAAAGAUAUUGAGAAGGAGGUUGCUGUCUGAUGGUGGUAAUAAAACGGCCAUUAUUGGGAUGAUUAUCCAAUGUCCACCCAACCUGACGCUCAGUUCUGUUGUAAUGAAUGGAAUUAAAUAUCAAGUGCUGUACAGAAUGGAUGCCUGACUGUAUUCUGCCACUACUGAGAUGAAUUUUUACUCCAGAAUUUGUAAUCCGUCAUCCCGCGGUAACUUAAAGAAAUUACUUGAACAGUGUUGGUCUUGCUCUUGCAUGCCUGUAUAUAAAUGCUUCAAGAUUGCUUAUCAGAAGCCAAUUAUUUCAUUUAAGGUGUGAUUUGGAACAUAUGUCUGGUUGAACUUUAGUUAAACAUUUCUGACUUGAAGGCAAUGUACAAUUGAUUGUUAAGCAAACUGGUCUCAGCUGCUUUCAGUUUAAAGGUGCUUGAAAUUUUCACUUCCUGCCUUCUGCUAAUACAAGCAGGGCAUUUGUCAUAAGUCAUGACUGCCCUCUAGUGCAAAUUCAUUGGCAUAGUCAGUGAAUUGUACCAGACGUAGUCUGGUUCCUGGCUCCGACCUCCAACUGAGAACCAAUAGAUGUUCAAAAAGACCAAAACCAAUGUCUGUAUUUACGUGCUUCACUGACUAGAAAUGCACUAAGUUGGAAAGUGUUUGAGAUCAAUUGUUUUUCUGGAUUGAGUAGAUUCUUACCCAUAUUUGAAGUCUGCCAUUUGUAAUAUGGUAUUAAAAUUAAGUUUACUGAUCACCUGCAUAACUGACUACAAUUUGAUUAGCAGUCAGUAAUGGACUAUUGCUUAAUUUUAACUCCAAAGUAAAAAGUCUUAAUUUUCCCUUGGAGUCUUGUUAAAACAAAAGUAUAAAUUCUACCUAUUUUUUAACCUUGGUGUUUUAAAACGUAUUUAUUUUAUUCAUUGAAAAGGCAUUGACAGCAGGGAAUGGGAGACAAAGAAGGAUGUCUUGAUCCAACCAGAACACCUAAGUAUUCAUGUUGCAUAUUUUUAGGGACUGUUAACAUUUUUUCCAUUUUGAGCUUCAACAUAUUGAAGCCACAGUAUUGUGAUAAAGGCUGGGAAAAUUGUUCUUUAAAUUGGGUGGGGUUAGUCUCAUGGUCAUUUUUGUUUGAUGUUGCUACCUCUGAUUUUGUAUUUGCUGUUGUCACUGCAUUUAUUGAACAAUUUGAGCAGCACAUUCAACAUUUGGAGAUCCUUUUAAAUUACCCAUUUUAUAACAGCAAACAGGACCCAACUGUGCAAUUAGGAGCGAGCUGUAACGGUCUUUGUUGAGAUUGAUAACGUACAACCUUGAAUCCACUCAUGUUUUCAGUCAAUCCUAGUUUAAUUUUAAUUCUAAUUCUAACCCAUAAAGUUUUGACUUAUCCAAUUUGCCAGUGCCAACUCUUGAGAAACAACCAAACUAUUGGAGAAGACAAAGAUGAGAAGAAUAUAGUGGUUCAGAUUAGGAUUUUUAAAAAACAUUUUCAGAGACAAAAGAUUGAGCAACAAAAUAAUGACAUACCAAAAUGUAUUAUGGAAUUAUAAUAAUACAAAUAAAGAUAAGUAAAAUGGCUUCUGUUUAUUUACUUAAUCUCCUCAAACUAAUUAACUUUCUUUCUCCUGCAUCACUCCAACACAUUUCUCAUUUAUU